GCAUCGACAGAGUCUCCAGAAACGACAAGAAUGGUGCACCUGGGCUUCUGGCUGCCUCUACUAGCCUUCCCCAUGGUGGGGGCAGUUCUUCAAACGAUUCAACUCCGACAAACUAUCAUAGCGAACUGUGAUCUUAUCUUUGCCGCUACAUCAAAUCCGCUCUGCUUAAACAAUGCCUUUAUUAACGUAUGUUCCAACUUUUUCGUCAUGGCUGAAAUCUGCAGGUGGACCCGAUGUAAUUUUAUUCCACAGUACCCCGACACCAAUUUGCUAGAGGUGGUUGAGUUCUCGGACAUAGCUGGUUAUCAACAACUGGUGAACUUUUGUGGCGCCAGCAACGUUCCAUUGUGUCAGUUUGCAAGGACCAUGCUCCUACUAGCUCAACAAUGUAAUUCAGUUGCAGCAUGCCCUCAGACAGGAGCAAUCCUCUGUGUUCAGCCUGGCCUGUGUACCCCACUUUCCCAGAUCCCCAACCGAUCCUGCCCAAUAGCGGGGACUGUGUGCUGCAUAGCGCUACCCACAACUGCCAUGACCACUACCACGCCAACAACUACUACCACGCCAACAACUAGUACCACGACACCAACCAUAACAUGUAACGCCCCGGGGGUAAUCGGCUGUUUUUUUGCGUGUGCUAGCGGAAUCGAGCUUACGGCUGCAACCUGUCCUGGAAUCCUAAGAUGUUGUCUGAUCUGAAUACAACCAGGAUAGACUGUUUUGUAUAUACGUUUCCUCUUCUGUCAGUAUAACUGUACAUAUAUGUUGUUGGUGAAAUAAAUAAUGUUUAACUCCC